AUCCUGCAAUGAAUCGAGCCUCGUUCUGUAAUGCUGGUCGCGUUCAGUUCGGGUGCGCCAGGGACGUAGAGUGCGGCCCAAUACUAUUGUAUUAUUAAUGCGGAUAGAACAUGUCGCAUUGUGACAGCUAUUGAUAUUAGAACGAGAACAGUCGUGGUGUAGCUUAUUUAGACCUACCAAGGAGGAAGUGCAGAGAAUAAUUGCAUUUAAAACAUCAUUAUAUCAAGAUGGCGCAAAAAGAACAAAUCAAGCUGUCUGACGAACAAGUUGCAGAAUUCAGAGAGGCCUUCAACUUGUUUGACAAAGAUGGUGAUGGAAGUAUAACAACGACAGAACUGGGUACAGUCAUGCGCAGUCUGGGCCAGAAUCCCACCGAGAGCGAAUUGCAGGACAUGAUCAACGAAGUCGAUUACGACGAGAGUGGGACGAUUGAUUUUGAGGAAUUUCUUCAAAUGAUGGCUCGCAAAAUGAGGGACACAGACACAAAAGAGGAAUUGAAGGAAGCCUUCAAGGUAUUCGACAAAGAUGGCAACGGAUUCAUUAGCGCUUCUGAAUUACGUCAUGUGAUGAAGAGCCUGGGAGAACGACUUACAGACGAAGAAGUUGACGAGAUGAUUCGAGAGGCAGAUCAAGAUGGUGAUGGACAGGUUAACUACGACGAGUUUGUCAACAUGAUGGCAUCUGGAAAGAAAGACUCUUAGAAUUUCACAAGGAGAGUGAUAUUUGAAUGAGUGCAAAUAGAACUGAUUUUUAUUAGACUAACGAACUUUAAAUCAUAGUUGAAAAUGGAUGUUGACUGAAAUUAUAUACCGGUACACAACUAUCUGUUGGGCUGUACUAUCAAAUCAAUAAUUGUGCGAGUGAAUGCGAUUUAGUUUCAUAUUUUCAAUUUUGUGAACAUAAUGCUCAAACUGCUGGUUUCGUGAACAUUGAUCGUAGAUAGGCUUCUGUUUUUUGGUGUGCUCAUGUUUCAAAAGUGUUGUCAUUGUUCAACGGUUUUUUUGUAAGUUUUCAAAGCGUUCACGUAGAUUGUCUAUCUGUCAUUAAUGGAAAGAAAAUGACAAAAUCAUUAAUUAUUCACUGGGAAAAAACGCAGUGAUAAAAGCAUUUCGUGUUUUCCACUGCUAACUGAUACUUGGCAAUAACUCAGCAAUCACAGCCAUCCAAGCCAUUGAUUAGAUUUAUUUCCAUUAUCUUACGUAUUUGUUUCGAAUAUUUCAUUGCUUUCACUCAUGCUUUAAAGUACUGUACAUACUAUUAAACUUUUCUAUUUCUAGCACAAAGUAUCGAAACAAUGAUGUAUACAUAUAUUCUUUACCAAAUGUGCUAUUCCAAUAAACAAUAAACUAGA